ACCAACCUGUAGAGCACCAGAAAUGAAUCUAUGCGUGGUUGGAGCCGGGGUGGUCGGACUGACCACGGCGUUGGAGUUGCAGCGUGAAUUUCGCAACGCAAACAUCACCAUCCUGGCGGAUCGCUUCGAGCAGGAUACGUGCAGCGAUGUGGCGGCCGGACUGUUUCGACCAGGAACGAGCUUUUCCGGGCCGACUGAGGAAAUUACCAGGAAAUGGAUUUCUGAUGCGUACAACUACUGGGACGAAAUUCGCAAAACGGCAGAAUCUUCCGAGGCAGGAGUGGCUCAGCUUUCCGCGUACAUCUUCUCCAGUACCGAUCCGGCGAUUGUGAGGAAUCGCUACAUUGAAGAUAUUCUGCCGGUGUAUCGAGCUGCCACCGAACAGGAGCUAACCCUUUGCCCUGGUGACUGGAAGUAUGGGUCCUUCUAUACCACCGUGCUGACCGAAUGCAGACUCUUCCAACCGUGGGCAGCUAAAAAAUUCCUCCGCAGCGGAGGCCGAAUCGUUUCGCAAAAGAUUGACAGCUUCCAGGAAGUGGCAGGCAAGUACGAUGUGGUGGUAAACUGUACCGGCAUGGGUGCGAAAAAGCUGUGCACCGACUUCAAGCUGGUACCGAUUCGGGGUCAGGUGAUCAAGGUGAAAGCACCCUGGGUGAAAACGGCUUUCUAUGCCGAUUACGAUACCUACAUCAUCCCCGGCAUUCAGGGCGUUACGCUGGGUGGAUGCCGAAACUACGACAGCUAUAAUGAAGAAGUUUGCAGGCACGACACGGCUGCCAUCAGGGAGCGAUGUGAGGCGUUACUGCCCAGCUUGAAGGGUGCACCGGUCAUCAGGGAAGCUGUCGGGCUGAGACCGCACCGUGACCCGGUACGGGUGGAACCGGAAGUGGUGGGUGUGACCGGUCGAUACGUGAAAGUAGUUCAUAACUAUGGACAUGGCGGAUAUGGAGUGACGACAUCACCCGGAACGGCAAUCUACGCUACGAAGCUGGUGAUGGAAAUGGUCAAGAGUAAUAGCAAGUUGUAGAGCUUGAAGGAUGGGUUUUAGUGUGGAUG